AUGGCGGAAAAGCAGCGGCUGGUCGUCCUCCUAUUCCUGUUCUUCACUUUUCACAACGCGCUCAUCGAGGCCGGCUGGAUUUCCGUUCGCUUGGAGGGCGCCCCUGUCUAUUUCCUCUGCGCCGACUACCCGCUUGCGGCGCGCGGCGUCAUGGAGGUGUUCAAAAUUGACCAGCACCUCACGCUACUUCCAAAUUCGAUGACGUCGACUAAUGUUUCGUUAUAUGAUUGUACUGAUUUGAUC